GAAUAUCUUACCGCGAUAUGCACUGUAAGCGCUCUAUGCUCUCCGAGAACCACAGGAUCAUCCUCGAUCAAAGACGUGUAUAUUUUACUUCUUUUUCGUCGCGUCGGAAAGUCUCAACGCGUUCAUUUGGUGAAGUUGGUGUCACGAUGCGCCCUAGACUCUUCGAGGAAGGAGAACCAAUAGGCGUGCAUGAGAGAAGAAUGGGGUAGUGUUACAAAGUCGAGCAAGUGUACAACGUCACACAGAACAAUUUUCAUCCUCUCAUAGUCCCGAUAAAAGGUUUAACUUCCCAGUCAUUAUGAGCUCAUUCGACGUUGCAAGCGCAAGAGAGCGCUUCCCCGCGCUGAAGCAGCCUCAAGUCUUUUUUGACAACGCGGGAGGAAGUCAGACGCUCGGAAGCGUGAUUGAUUCAAUUGUUGCUUAUCUUUCAAAGACUAAUGUUCAACUUGGAGCAAGUUAUGCUGUGGGGCAGAAGUCCACUGCUUUGUAUGGAGAGGGCUAUGCCGCGGCUGCCAAGUACAUCAAUACUUCGGCAGAGAACAUAGUCCUGGGCUCUUCUACAACACAGCUCUUUCGAACCUUGUCCACUGCUCUAAGCUUUCCACCUGGAUCCGAGAUCGUCAUUUCCAAAGUCGACCAUGAAGCCAACAUCGCGCCAUGGGUGUCUUUGGCACAGAACACCAAUAUGACAAUAAAAUGGUGGACUCCCAAGACCAAAGAGAAUCCAAAACUCCUCGCAUCAGAUCUCAAGGAGCUGCUUUCAGAGAAGACAGCCUUGGUCACGUGUACCCAUGCAUCGAACAUCCUUGGCACGAUCCAUGAUAUCAAAGCCAUUGCUGAAGUAGUGCAUACGAUUCCUGGUGCGUUAUUGUGUGUAGAUGCCGUAGCUUAUGCUCCUCAUCGUAAGCUCGAUAUGCAGGAACUAGGAGCAGACUUUUACAGUUUCAGUUGGUACAAAGUUUAUGGUCCCCAUAUCUCCAUGCUUUAUGCAUCGAAGAAAGGUCUUGAGGCUGUGAAGUCUCUGGGUCAUUUCUUUAACCCUUCUGCAACCUUAGCAGACAAGCUUGGACUUGCUGGUUCCUGCUAUGAGCUUACAGCAUCUAUUCCCUCCGUUGUGGAAUAUUUUGGGCCCAAACAAACCGAGACCUGGCAAAGCAUCGUCAAGCAUGAAUUUGACCUUCAGAGUACUCUUCUUGAUUAUUUGAAUGCUAGAUCAGAUGUCGCCAUUUGCGGAGAGAAAGAACCAGAUUCCUCGAAGCGAGUCAGCACAGUUAGCUUCGUGGUCAAAGGUAGGAAGAGUCGGGAUGUUGUUGAAGCUGUGGAUAAGGCCACGAAUGGGGAGAUGGGAAUCAGGUGGGGUGGUUUCUACAGUAAUAGACUGAUUGAGGAGGUGCUUGGUUUGGAUCCCAAAGAUGGUGUUGUUAGAGUGUCCAUGGUUCAUUAUAAUACUGUGGAUGAAGUGAAACAGCUGCUUGCAGUAUUUGAUCAAGUUUUGGGGAAAGCAUAGAAAAUAAGUACACACGAGAGUCUCUCAACCAUCUCUUCAAACGGUUUAUUGUCGAGGUGAUAAUCUCCAGCGAUUCAAUGAACUAACU